AGGUAGCUUUAAGUAAUAUGGUUAUUUAAAGAACCCAUUCAGUGUUCUACUGUUAACUGAAAUAAAAUAGUGAAAUAAUUUAGUGUGUUAAAAAGUUCAAAAUGACGGUGAAAACGAAUAGUGGUCAUACUUAUUGGCAAUGGAUUUAUUCUAUAAUAGCCAGCAUGGGCUUUAUGAUAUAUGGCCUGGAAGCAGCCUGGAUAUCUCCCAUUACGAAGAAGCUACAAGCUGCUGACUCUCCUCUAGGUGCUCCAUUAACAAACCAGGAAAUAUCUUUACUGGCCAGCAUCAACUGCUUAUCUUCAGCGCUGGUUGUGCCAAUUUUUGCUUUAUUAACAGAUAGAUAUGGUAGAAAAUGGAUCGUCUUCUCCGUUACGAUUCCAGCAAUUUUCUCGAUCCUACUCAGGAUAAUGCUACCCAAUCUAAUAGCUCUUUCCAUAGCAAGAGCAGCCGCUGGGAUGUCAGCGUCUGGUGCAUUUGCUGUCACAACAGUCUACAUCCGCGAACUGAGUCAGAACAAUCUUAUAGGCGUCCUAGGAUCCGUAUCAGUCCUGCUGCAAAACCUAGGAUUCCUGAUAAUGUACUUGAUCGGCGCAUACUUUGAUUACUUCACAGUUUUGUGGAUAUAUUUAGCAUUCCCUUUAGCUAUGGGAGUGUUAAUGUUAAAGGCCCCUGAAUCUCCUUCCUUUUUGGUUAAGCGUGGGAAAAUAGAUGAAGCCUACAGGGCAGUUGCCUUUCUAAGAGGUCUAAAAACAGAUGAUAAAGAAGUUAAAACUGAAAUAGAGUAUAUGCAAAAUCAACAGGAAGCGUUUAGGAAUCUUCCCACAGUUGACUUAAAAGCUAUAUUUAAAGAUAAAGCUUGGCGUCGCGGUUUAUUAUUUAUGCUCUCUGUCUUUACAAUACAUGCGUGGAAUGGUGCUUUUGCAAUAAUAACAUAUGCAUCUGCCAUAUUGGAGUCAACAGGAAAUAAUUUCGGAAUCAGUCCGGAAUUGCAACCAUUGAGUUUUCCAAUCGUCAUGAUUAUUGCUUCGUUUACAUUUACAAGUAUUGCGGAGAAGUUUGAUCGAAAGCCUCUCCUAAUAGGAGCAUACCUCAUAUCAGCGAUCGCUCUCGCGGGAUUGGGCAUAGCACUACUCAUACAGUCCUACGGAUAUACAAUCCCUGGCUGGUUACCAAUCACUUGUAUGAUGAUAGCCGUGGCAUUGUAUGCUGGAGGAGUGAGGUCAUUACCUUAUAUUAUGACUACAGAAAUGUUUAAUUUUCAAGCUCGGGCCAAAGUGAUGGGUUGCAUAGGCACCUAUACUUGGUUAACUGUAGCCACGCAGCUAUAUGCCUACGCACCAUUAACAGAUACUUUUGGAAUACACACGACGUUCAUUUUCUUCGGUUUCCUAAAUGUAUUGGGAGCUUUAAUUACCUGUCUCAUUCCCGAAACGAGAGGAAAGACUGAUGAAAUGAUUAGAGACGAACUAGCGAAUGGGAAAAAGAAAUAGUGGAAAGGAAACAUAAUUGUUGUGUUUUGUGCAUAAGAAAGGAAUUUCAAGAUUUU